AUGUCAUCGCAGUUUGAGUACCCAUCCGUAUACAGCUUUCCUCCUUUUUUUACCCCGAUAGGGAAAGGCAGUCAUCAGCCUACACUGGAUACAUGGCAUAAACAGCGACAGCUAUGGUGUGACCUUGUUCUCUCACACUCCCAGCACACCCGCACAUUUAUAAUCGAUGUAAACGAAUCGGUUGGAAAGCUUGAACCGUUUCAUAACCCCAAGAUCCAAAGAUCGUUGUCGAGAGAGUCGUUGGUAUUGAUUUUGGAUCACCUUGUUAGUGUUAUGAAGAUGGCCGAGUGGGAAUCGAAAGAUAAAAACAGAUGUUUAAUCUACUGGCGAACGCCUGAAGAAUGGGCGAGUCAGGUGUAUACAUGGGUUUUUAAUACUGGGCGGACAGGAACAGUGUGCACUACCUACGAAGUCUUUUGUGGAGACGAAACAGAGGGCGAAUCAUUUCAUGGUAUUCCUGAAGAAAUCAUCAAAAAAGUAUUGGAUGUUCUUGCCAAACAGGGCAAAGCGCAGAUAUUCAACAGCAAUGACGGCAAUACUGGAAUAAAGUUUAUCUAA